CAAACCCAACAGAGAAGGGCAGUGGAGGUAAUUUUGAGAGAGAGAGAGAGAGAGAGAUGCAAGAGUUGAGUCUGAGGAGGGGUGGGGGCAGCAUCCAAGUGGAUGAGAGCUGCGAGAGUAGCGAGGAAGAAGAGAAGAACAAGGAUGAUGAGGAUGGAAGCGGCGGCGGCGAGGGCAGCUCGAGCAGCAACAGCACGGUGGAAGAGAUCAGCGAUGGGGAGGAGAAGCAGCAGCAGCAGCUUCUGAAGCCGUCGGUGAGGCCUUACGUCAGAUCCAAGAUGCCCAGGCUGCGCUGGACCCCGGACCUCCACCACUGUUUCGUUAAAGCCAUCGACAGGCUCGGCGGCCAAGACAGAGCUACUCCCAAGCUGGUUCUCCAACUCAUGAACGUUAAUGGGCUUAGCAUCGCUCAUGUCAAGAGCCACCUCCAGAUGUAUAGAAGCAAGAAGACGGACGACCCAAAUCAUCAUCAAGCUAUGGGUGGUGAGCACAGCCACAGCCACAGCCACAGCCACAGCCACAGCCACUUUCUGGAGAGUAGUGAUCACAACAAUAUCUAUAACCUCAGCCAACUCCCAAUGCUUCAAGGAUAUAAUAACCACCACCGCCGCCAUGCCGCCUCCUCCUCCGGCCUCAGGUAUGGGGCAGAUGGAUCCUGGGGGGCUCGUGACCACUCCAUUUAUGCAUCUCAUGAGAUUAUGGGUCGGCGCUUACUACAAGAAACAAGGUCAAGGCUGUGUGGACCAAUUGCUGACCGGAUAUUUGCCCAAGCAGCAGCGGGAGCCAGAGCUAGAGCCACCACCAACAACAACAACAGCAACUUGUGGAAUGAUAUUAGCCAUGCAACUGCUACUGCUGCCAGUACUAUCAUCAAUUCCAGAGCUAGCGGCCACGGCCCAGAAUUAAUGGGACGGCAAGAAGAACAAGGGCAGCGGAAGAAGUCGGUGAAAAGGAAGGCCGAUGAGGAGGUUGAUCUGGAGCUGUCGCUGAAGCUGAGGGAACCAAACAAGGCAAAGGCGCCGGAGGAAGAGAGGCAGCCGGAAGUAGACGACAUUGGAAGUGAGUUAUCUCUGUCUUUAUGCUCGCCAUCAUCCAGGCUUGUUAGUGACAGGGGUAAUGGAGUCAACGACGACAAGCAAUCCAAAAGGACAAGUACUCUGGAUCUGACUAUAUGAAUUCUUCGAAACAUAUUUGAUUCGUCUAUAAUUCUAAGUGAGAUCCUGAGGUACUUGUCCACAUCAUACAAUCAAUCCAUCAAGUUGCUUACAUUUCUUCCUUCAAUUCUUCAUUUUCAUACUAAUUAACCAGUUAUUAUACC